AUUACAACUUCCGGGUAAAUCACAGGCAAGAGGCCCUGCUUUCGUUUCCUGGUGUUUAUCUUAACCAGCCAUAUUAAAGUGACGUAUUAUCUUAUAAUAAGUGAGGAUUCUUCUACGCAAACGUGCUGCAGUCGAUUGUCAAUGACAAGCUUAUCAAAGAAUUUACAGGUAAACUGGAGCAGUUACAAGCUGGAAAACAAUCUCUCCCAUUAUCUGGUAUGCACAGCUGUGAUGGAAAAUACCUGAAUAUGAUGUGCUGACACAAUGGAGACUACACCAGAAACAUUUGACCCUGGUGCCUUCACUGAAGCCGUAGAAGAUGGUGACUUACAGGCUUUUCUUGACUUGCUUAGUGCAGUGGAGGGGCAGGAUGAGCAAGGAUUUAAUACAGGGGCGGGAAAUGAGCAAGGAUUUGAUACAGAGGCGGGAGAUGAGCAAGGAUUCGAUACAGAGGCGGGAGAUGAGCAAGGAUUUGAUACAGGGGCUAGAGAUGAGCAAGGGUUGAAACAGAAAGAAGGCUCUCUCCAGGCACUGAAUGAUUCUGUGUUUGGUGAUGGAAUGCCAUUACUUCACUACUUGUGCAGCAAACCGGAUAUAAAUGAGAAAUUCAUCAAGUCUCUACUACACAAAGGGACUAGUGUCAACCUUUCUUGUCCUAAAUAUGGGAGACCUAUUCACAUAGCAUGCUCUAGAAACUGUCCUGAAAAUUUAAAAGUGUUGCUGGAUUAUGGCGCCAAAAUUCUUGAGGUGGGAGAGCAAGCCUGGCAGGAAAACUCACCAUUUUAUGUGUCUUCUCUCUGCGGACAUGUCAACAUCAUCCGCAUCCUGUUGUCAUACCAACCAAAGUUGAUUCGGGAACAGGAUGUACGGAGUUGUCUGCUCUAUGCAGCAUGUGCAGGCGGUAACAAGGACAUCGUGGGUAUGUGGUAUUGUCCGGGAAUGGAUAUCAACCAACCAAAACCAUACAUCCAGUCCCUUGACAACUCCGGGGACAACACACCAAUAUUUGCAGCUUGUGCAGGUGACCAUUACGAGAUUGUCCAGCUCCUAGUGGAAAUGGGAGCACGACUCACACAUAAAGUAUGUACAGACUUUCCAGAGAUCACAGGAAGAAUCUUGUCACAGUAUGUUCAACAGGCGACAUCUGAGGAUGUGCCGAACCAAGAUGUCACCGAAAUACAGCAUGUUGCAGACUACAGCAAAAUUCAGCUGUCUGCUUUGCAUGGUGAUUGGCUGAGAGGUUACACAGAAACCUUGGUAACCCUGAACAUCAGUGAGAACAGUCUGGAGGAGCUACCUGUGGAGGUUCCAUGGUCGUUUCCUAACCUCUGUAGGUUCAACGCCUCAUACAAUUCACUCGUACGUCUCACCUGUGGCAAAGAACCUCCCGUGUGUCACCGUUUAAAGAGGAUUCAGUUGGGCCAUAACAAGCUGGAAACCUUGUGUUCUGAGUUGUUCCAGAUUGCAGACCUAGAAGAACUCUACCUCAGCCAUAACAACCUACAGUAUCUAGUCCGUGAACACCAGACUAUCAUCUUCUCUAGAGUCCCUAGCACAGAGGACGUGCCUCCAGUGAGUCCUGGGAGUAAGGAUUGGUCCUGUUACAAGCUGGUGCGUCUAGAUGUGUCCCACAACAAGCUCAAGAUGCUACCCAAUGCCAUUAAACAAUGUUCUAGUCUGAUGUCCCUAAAUGCCAGCCACAACUGUAUGUCUGCCUUCUGUGGGGGCUGGGACUGUAACUUGUUACAGCUGAAUUUGGCGUUUAAUGAACUCGAACGAUUUCCACCAGACAUUGAGAUGUUUUGGUGUGGCUGUCUUCAGCAUCUUAACCUUGACAACAACAAGCUGGAGGUUCUUGCAGAAAGCAUUGUUAAACUUUGUGCACUGACAGAUUUGAUUGUGUCCAACAAUAGCCUGACUACAUUACCCAAACCAGAGAUAUGGGACUGUCCACAACUCUACCUGCUCAAUCUCCAUGGUAACGAGCUGGGACUUUCUCCAUUGUCAUCUCCAAACACCACAGGAACAGUAUUUAGACAGCUACAGGUACUGCGACGUCCAUCGGCCAGUUCAUCGGUCAACACAUCAAGAAUAACCCUUCCCAAGUUCCUGACUCACUGCCUUCAUGACCUUAACCUUGGAGAUAAUCAUUUGGAAUGUGUGCCAGAGGGCAUCUGUCAUCUCGCCUCCUUAACAACCCUAAACCUGUCAAAAAAUCCAGCCAUAAAGACGUUACCUAACGAGAUGGGGAAGCUGAUUUCACUGACUUCCCUACAGUUGCAGGAAACUGGGGUCAAGCAGACCAUCACCCAAACUGAAGAUCCUUGCAAGUGGACAAAGGACACCAUCUUGAAUCUACAGCAUCAAUUAAGAAAAAGUAAACCCUACAACAAGAUCAAGCUCGUCAUUCUAGGCAAGAAGGACAAAGGGAAGACAACUCUAGCUGGACUGCUGCAUGGAAAUAAAAUGUCCACAUUUCACGGGUCUGGGAUACAUAGAUGGGAAAUGAAACUGUCAGCCUCAGGAAACACAAUAUUUAAGCGCAGCCCUGACAUUGCAUUGUCUGUAUGGGACAUGGCAUGCUCCGACCACUACAUUCCUGCUCAACAGUGCUUCUUCACGCGGAACUCGCUCUACAUUCUCGUUUGGGACAUCUGGUCACUGGAUACUGAACUGGACAAGUUAGGACACUGGCUGUACAGUAUAGAGGCCAGGACUCCAAACUCCAGGGUGAUUCUGGUUACCACAUUCUUAGACAAGAACAAACACUUGGCAGAUGCUCAACGCGACGAGAAGGUGAUGCGCAUGCUGAACUUUGUGAUAGAACGCUACGGUCCGAAGAGCUCCAGUAGUCAUCUUUGUAGCCAGCUCGAUCUUAACAACAUAAUUCCUGUUUCCUGUACAACCAAGGAAGGAAUUCCACAACUGAAGCAGAGGCUGUUUGAGAUUGCCUCUAACAUGUAUGACCCUGCUAAGGGCUUGGAGAAUGGUCGUCUGCUCAAUCGUAAAGUACCACUCUCAUACAUAGCUGUAGAGAAAGCCAUAGAACAAAAGCUGUCUGUGAAACUGAGUAAAGGAGAUCCACCCUUCAUCGAGGAGGAGGAGUUUCAAGCGGUCAUAAGGUCAAUUCCUAACAAUGACAUCACUACAGAGGAUGAUAUAGCUGCAGUGACCCAGUUUUUAGUGGAGACAGGCUCACUUCUUCACUACCGUGAUCAGUUACGGGGCCUUAACACCAUGUACAUCCUCGACCCUACCUGGCUGUGUGAUCUCCUCGCCAAGGUUCUUAUUGAAGACAGUGAUGGCAUAGACAGCCAGAUAGGACACGACGGAAAGAUAAACGUUACAGACGUGAUGAAUAGGUACAAAAACGACCCAAGAUUCCCAGACGAGUACAUCGGCCAAUACCUUCAGCUUUUGGAGCGGUUUGAAAUUGCACUGUCUGUUGACAAUGGCCGAAGAUUAUUUAUCCCAGGCCGUUUGUCACAAAGUCCGGGUCUGCAGCUUCAUUCACAGGAUUAUAGUGGUAACAAUGUGUAUCGGCUCUAUCAGAUGGCCUUUAUACCUACUGGGUUCUGGAGUCGGCUCCUAUCACGUAUAAUGGCACGCCUGCAGCUGCUGGAGCAGCCAAAUUGGGUAUUUCAGUCAUCAGUGUCGGGGAAUAAACAGGCAGCAACUCGUACUGUUUGUCAGAGCCGAAUGCAGCACACCAUUGUUGGAAGGCAGUUUUCAGGACAUUUAAAUGGUCUUCACAUCAAGAAGAAAGACAUGAUUUACUGGCAAGAUGGCAUGUGUAUGAGGCAUGCAACUGGAUACUUGAAAUUGGAGACAAUUCGCAUACCACAGGGGAAAGACAGGCCUUCCAAGAUGGGUAUCCUAGUCGUCGUCCAUUCCACAGUGGAUGAGUUUUCCAUCAUGGGCACCAUUGUAGACGAGAUUGACGAUCUCUUGACUGACCAUUAUCCAGGUCUGUUGGAUUGGGAUGAGUCGGGUGAGCCACGUGUUCAGAGAUAUGCUCUGUGUCAGCACUGCUAUGACAUCUCUACGUCCUCACUGCCCUCCACCUUUGACCAUUUCACUGUGGAGCACUGCUCGCGUAUUGUUCUCACUGAUGACACUAUGUUCUGUAAGACAGGAGCACUUAUUCCACUUGACCAACUUGUCCCAGAACUUCUCGUCAAGGAAAUUCCACAGGAGUACCAUUUGGACCAGGCUUGUUUGGAGGUCCAGCAGGAUGAGGUCCUUGGACGAGGGGUCAGUGGGUCAGUGUACAAAGGUAGAUAUGGCAACGUUGAUGUGGCAGUCAAGUAUUAUCACGGCAUGCCGAGUUGUUCUUCUGGACCUGACAGUAUGGACAGUGGAAAAAGCAGCUGGCCGCAACCUCUGCCAAAAAAGUCACCAUAUACAACACUUUCGGAUAUUGAAGAUGAAAGAAACCCAUAUGGAAACUUUAAGGAACCCCAUCAGACAACUGGGCAUUUUGAUAGUGACGAAGGAAAUAGUAUGAAGGCAUGGAAGUCAUUUAUGGAGAUGAGACAGGAGGUUGCAGUGACCAGCAAGCUUCAUCAUCCAUGUGUAAUCUCUUUCAUUGGCAUAUGUGUCAAACCCAAACUUCUCAUGUGCCUGGAGUUUGCUGCCCUAGGAAGCCUUCGAAACGUCCUUGAUUCAGAAAAAGUCAACCGGAAACCGUUCAAUAAACACCGUGACCGUGACAAAUUAUUCAAAAUGAUUUUGAGUAAGGACUUGACCUUCAAGAUGGUAUUUCAGAUUGCAAGUGGUUUGGAGUACUUACACAAGCAUGGAAUUAUUUACCGUGACCUCAAAUCAGACAACAUCUUGGUCACAACACUUGACCUCGCUGCUCCAGUGAAUGUGAAGCUGUCUGACUAUGGAAUCUCAAAGUUCUACAGCACUGGGGGAACCCUUGGCCUUGUGGGUACUCCUGGCUAUCAGGCACCUGAAAUCAUGGACUCACAGUUCUAUGAUGAAAAAGUGGAUAUUUUUUCGUUUGCGAUGGUUGUCUAUGAAGUGGUGUCAGGAGAGAGGCCCUAUGGAGAACUUCGCAAUAUUGGUCAAAUCACCACGGCUGUUAAACACGAAGGCAAGCGUCCGAGUCUGAAGAGUUUCAACAUAGACACACGUUUCCCACAACUGGAGGAGUUGAUGGAGCGAUGCUGGAAAGACAAGGGUACUGAUCGGCCCUCAGCUAUGGAGAUUGUGGCUGAUAGUCUGCGCAGUGUCCACUUCCUGUGUAAACACAAACACUUUGACAAACUCCAUGGGGAAAUAGACUUGAUAGCCUCAGUCACAGAAGGUGACAGGUGUCUGGUGUGGCUAUGGGAAGGGGGAGACAUGGAGAGAAGCUUCACCAUCGUGGACAUGGCCAGCUGUACCUAUCACGACAAGAAGCCUCUAGCUGGUCCUACAGUCACCUGUAUGUGUAAGGUAGACCAGGAAGUUUGGCUCGGCUCUGAAGACGAAAGUGACGGGGGAAUCAUUGAAGUGUGGAGACAACUUACAUCAGGACAGCUCCAACGUCAGACGACGUUCUCCUGUGAUGGUAUUCCUACAAACAUUUUGUACCUUAAAGGCAAAACAAAGGCGGAAAAGAAGCUAUUUGUGACACUACACAAUGGAAAGUUAAGAACAUAUACAACAAGUGUACCAUCUAAUCGGAAGUCAUUCCUCAGCGAAGUUUCAAAUAGUGGAUGGUCGUGUCAGCGAGGGAGUCAGCAGCUUUCUGAUAAAGAGGCCUGUUGUGCAUUGCAUGUCGUGUCCAGUAAAGGUGAAGAAUUAUGGGUUGGAUGUGGCUCAGACAUUGUUAUUUACAAUAUAUCCAUUUCAUUGGUUGAAAGUAGGAUUCCAGUUGGCAAAAUGGUUCAGGAAUGUGUCCCUGACUAUGGCGACGGCCUGUGUGUACAGAGUUUAAUAAAAGGAGAAGGACAGGUGUGGUGUUUGAUGAGGGACACAGCGUGUGUGGUGGAACUCGACACAGAUAUGGGCAUAGCAACAAAUAUCUACAACUGUGAUCUGCCCAACCCCCACAACAUGAACAUGGCUAAAGAAAUCUCAAUGGACGUAAUUCAGAGAAUCGAAGAUGAUGGUGAGACUGAUAGAAAUAGUGACACUUCAUCUUUCAGGAGCAGUUCUGAACUGGAGUUCCCACCAACACUACCACCACGUAACCCCAUUGUCAAUGAAAUUCCUCCCAAACUGCCUCCCCGAGAAAGACGCCACAGCGAACUAGUGUUAUCGGAAACAGAAGCACCACAGACUAAGAAAUAUGAUACACUUCCGGCCACGUCUCGACGCUACUCACUCAGCGCAGUGGUCAUUGACUCGAUAGGGGUUGUUGGCGACACUAUCUGGGUAAGUCGUAACCGUGGAGACAUCCUCAUUAUCUGCACCUCAAACUUUAAAUCCUUCAAGAAAGGGGAUGUAAUAGCAGUGUUGAAUUGUAGAAAUGAGCAUUGUCGAGUGACAGGAAAGACUGGAACAGUCCAGUAUAAUCAAGCAGAUCAUUGUGUUGUGGAAUCGCUGCUGUGUGUCAACAACGUCGUGGUGACUCUGAUACGAGACAGUCUGACAAGUUCACAUCUCAUCGCCUGGGAUGCUUACUGUUGCCAACACAUUGCCAAUAUUCGGAGAUACUGGAAAGUGAAAGCUCAGGAAGAGAAAGUGAAGAAAGUUUCACGAUUUCUAAAGGCCAAAAAACUCCAGAUACCUGGCAAUAUUUCAGAAGACAAUUAAUAAAUAAGGGAGUUUCCAAUAAAUGAAUUGUCUGUAGGCCCCAACUGGUGAAACUAACCCUUGAAACAUUGGUAGAUAUUACUUCCAUGACAAUUUUCUACUUUUGCCAAAGCAGUUUUAAAAGAUUUUUUGGUUUUCGUAAUAGCAAUCAACAGUGCAAGCCUUGAAUUUUGAAAGUUUCGUACUGCAAAUUCCAUGGAAUUUCAGCAAUUUUCUGAUCAAUUUGAUUUUAUUUGUGACAAACUGUGAUGUUUAAGGCUGAAAGUUUCAUGAGAUGAGUGAAGUGAGUUACCAAGUAUGACCAGAUAUUUUUAGAGUUCAUUGACAUGUACUAAAGAAGUGUUAAAUUCAUAUUAGAUUCAUUAUAUUUGAAAAUAAAACCUUCUCGACAUUAUUGAUGUUGAGAAGUCUUUAUUUCCAAAUAUUUUGUUCACCACAUAACAAGAUUCCUUAUUGAAUACUGUUGGACAUUUGUCCAUGGCAAGGAGAUCUCCACCAUUUAAAGUGUUGGUUCUCAUAUCCUCUGAUCAUACUUCAUAUAUAAAUUAUAACAAAUGUGAUAAUGGUACGGUAAAUUUUAAAAACUGUGAUAUUAUGACAAGUGCUGGAACAAUCAUAUAAUGCAUGGAAUAUUAAUAUGUACAAUUAUAUACAUAUAACAUACAUUCAGCCCGUGUAGUGGACAGAUUGAUAUGAGACCAUUGAGUAUGUCAUUGUAUUCUAGAGUAUAUCUCCUACCAUAGAUUGUUAUUAUAUAAUACAUAUAAAUAUUAACCUGGAUGCUUGCUUAUUGUUCUCCUAGUCCAAAGGACAAAUCAGCACUGGAUCAUCCGUCCAUCUCUCUGGCAAAGAUUUCUUUUUAUCAAGGACUGAAUAAAUUUUGACCAAAUUUGGUCAAGAGCAAUAUAGACACUGUCAAUGUUUAAUCAAGGUCUGAAUGAAUUUGGACCAAAUUUGGUCUAGAGCAAUAUAGAGACAUGUACUAGUAGAUAGAUAGAUAUCAAAAUAUACAGUGAUGGGGUCGGAGGAAGCUCAGGCUACCUUCCACGCAAUACCAUUAAAAACACACCAGAUUGAAUUUUCUUGUAGGUACGUAUACUGUGUACUUGAAUUUUCAAACAUUCAAAAUGAAACAGUGGUCUAGUGGUAGGAUGCAGGGCUAGGUGACCGAGGGGUCACUAGUACAAGUCCCCACAUCGGUGCUUUGUUGUAUCCUUUAACAUGAUACUUUACCCUGUUGUGUUCCAGUAGAUUCAGCUGUAAAUGAGUAUGUGGUAGGGAAGUGCGAGAAAUGUUGUUAGCGCCGAAAUGGCAGCUCCAGCUGUAUGCUCCUCAGACAUUGAUUGGUUGCUAAAGGCCAAAUAACCAUGGGUAAUAAUUUGUGAUCCGCUUUGAGACGGCUGUGUUGCUGUGAUAUAGCAGUACAUGUAUAUAAAACUCCAAAUUAAUUAAUAUGAUCACUGAAGGGGCUUAUGUGUCUAAUAUCUAUUAACAUAUUUUCUCAACAUACUAAUUCAGAGACUUAUUCCCAAAAUGUUUAACAGAUCAAUAAACAGAUUGUAAUGUUGAUAAAUAGUGCCAUGAAUGUACCGAUUUACCAUCAAAUCUACUCCAUAAGGGUCUAUAGCUGUCGCACUUUGCUGAUUUUGAUACCUAGAACUAUACAAGAUCAUUUGGCAAUUAUCGGGGGUUCGGUACUCAUACAGCAGUUCAACGGUAUAGCAUGGCUAAGACCAGUAGUAAAUCAUCAGGACAGCAUAAGAACAUUGUCAUAAAAAUAGCAGUGGCAAGAGAUGGUAUGAAAUUUUGAACAUGUACAAAAAUUCAUGUAUCUGCUGCUGGAGCAAGCAAAGGGACUACCAUAGCAGUACAAUGUCAGUACUCCGGUAUGGCUUUGUUGCUGUUGGUUGAAGACCUGCCCUGUAAUAGAUCGGCUCUCUGGUGGCCCCAACGUGUACUGUACUUGGUGACACGAUACCGUAGUCCCGCCGAUGUACUACAUACUGUACUUGGUGACACGAUACUGUAGCCCCUCCGAUGUACUACGUACUGUACUUGGUGAUACGAUAUUGUAGUCCCGCCGAUGUACUACGUACUGUACUUGGUGACACGAUACCGUAGUCCCGCCGAUGUACUAUGUACUGUACUUGGUGAUACGAUACUGUAGUCCCGCCGAUGUACUACGUACUGUACUUGGUGACACGAUACCGUAGCCCCGCCGAUGUACUACGUACUGUACUUGGUGACACGAUACCGUAGUCCCGCCGAUGUACUACGUACUGUACUUGGUGACACGAUACCGUAGCCCCGCCGAUGUACUACGUACUGUACUUGGUGACACGAUACCGUAGUCCCGCCGAUGUACUACGUACUGUACUUGGCGACACGAUACCAUAGUCCCGACGAUGUACUACGUACUGUACUUGGUGACACGAUACCGUAGUCCCGCCGAUGUACUACGUACUGUACUUGGCGACACGAUACCGUAGCCCCGCCGAUGUACUACGUACUGUACUUGGCGACACGA